CGCUCUCGCGAGACCUGGCCACCCACUGACAGCUGACAGACACUUCCGGGAAGAUGGCAGCUUGGAGAUCGGCUGUCUCAGGUUUGGCCCGUAGAUGGGCGGCCAACGGUAUCCCCCAGCUCAGGGUCCCUUCCGGAGCUGCCCGUGUCGCCGCAGUGGCCCUCGCUGGUGCCGGGGCCGCGUGUUCCGGUGUGUUGCUGGUGAGGGGGAGCGGACGCUGGGGUCCCGGAACCCUGCAGAGGGUGUGCGCACAGAAUGAGGAGGUUGUUGAUGAGGCGCGGGAGAAGCAGUCGCUCCGGAAGCAGCGUUUCAUACAGUUUGCCUCCCUGGAUUAUGAUGGAGAGUAUUACAUGACCCCACGUGACUUCCUCUUCUCUGUCAUGUUCGAGCAGGUGCAUCGUAAAACCAUCUCUCGAACAUUGACCAAAAAGGAGUUUGAUGCCAUGCUUGCCCAGGCAGCUAAGGUGAAACCGGGGCCAACGUUAUUCAGAGACUUGGGUGAUAAAGGACUCCUUUCCUACACCGAAUACUUGUUUCUGCUGACAAUUCUGACAAAGCCGCAAGUUGGAUUCCAAAUUGCAUUUCAGAUGCUAGAUACUGAUGGUAAUGAGCAGGUCGAGAAGAGAGAGUUUUUUAAGCUGCAAAAGAUUCUUGGAACCAAGGAUUUCAAGACAGCUUCUUUGCAGGAGGCCUCGUCAGACAGCGCCGAUAUCAACACCACAUUGUUAGUACAUUUCUUUGGGCGAGGAGGACAGGACAAGCUGCAAUAUGCUCAUUUCUACAGAUUUAUGGAGAAUUUGCAGACAGAGGUGCAAGAAAUGGAAUUUACCCAGUUCUCAAAGGGAUUGAACUUCUUGAGAAAGGAAGAUUUUGCCGAAUGGCUGCUUUUCUUCACCGACGAGGAAAACAAUGACAUCUACUGGCACAAUGUGAAAUCCAGGAUCACACCAGGCGAAAGUAUCAGCUUGGAGGAAUUCAAGAGCUUCUGUAACUUCAUGAACAAUCUAGAGGAUUUCUCUAUCACAAUGAAAAUGUUUACUGAGGCGGGCAAGGCGGUGAAGCUAGCUGAGUUCAAAAGAGCCGUGAAAGUGGCAACAGGACAGGAAUUAUCUAACAAUGUUCUGGACACUGUAUUUAAGAUCUUUGAUCUUGAUGGAGACAACUGUUUAAGCCACGGAGAGUUCCUGGGUGUAUUGAAGAACAGGCUCCAUAGAGGCUUAAAGCAUGUGCCCCACCAGCAGGGCUUACAAGGGUACUGGAAAUGCGUCAAACGGGAGACCAUUAAAGGAGCGAACGAAGUUUGGAAACAAACUGGAAAAAGUCCAUUUUAAUACUACUGUUAAAGUUGGCCAACGUUUACUACAUUACUGGAUUGCUAUUUACAUAUCUUUUGUGCUUACGUAUUGUUUACCUGUGUGUAGUGACAUGCACCUUAUGUUUUGUGCAAGAGCAAUGCAUUCAUACUGGUCUGUUUCCAAUGACCCCAUGCCCACUCGCAUUUGGUUCCUUUGCAUUUUUCUGAAUAAUUCUUGUUCUAUUCACAUAUUAACCACAAGAAAACACUUUGGGGAUGACCUCCAGUGACCUGAACAACUGCAGUAAUGAGCACAUGUCAAACAUGUAUGUGCUUGAAAUGCUUUUUCCGGUGUUUUGAAUGUAAAAGAAUGCGAUUGGGUGUGAGGUGUAAGAGUACACUGAUACCGUCCUCCGGAUCACACGCUAUAUCCGUGUUUUCACUUUCAUACUAGACAAUUGGCUUUAAUUAGACUAAACUGGGUUUACUAUCCUAUAGCAUAGGUAGGCAAUGUUACACUCCAGCUAUUGUAGGACUAUAAAUCCCAGAAUUCCCUGCAAGCCUGUCUCUGGCCAGGCAUACUGUAAAUUCUAGUUCCACAUUGGCUGGAAGGUCACAGUUUGACUACUUCUACUCUAUGGGCCUAAUUCAGACCUGAUCGCUAGGGUGCAUUUUUUGCAUCCCUCCGAUCAGGUAGUCGCCGCUAUCGUGGCUAAUCCCGGGAUCAGCGGGAUCCUGGGAUUUAGGCCCAAAAAUGGCCGGGAUUCAAUUCCGGGAUUGGAAGCUCCAAUCCCGGGGAUUGAGGGAUCAGCGUUGAGCGUCCACAGGACGCUCAAACGCUGCCCGGCUUCCUGCUUCCGGGUCCCCAGCGCAGCGUGAGAGGUUACGCUGCGCUGCUAGCUGCUGGUGGGAGCCGCCAGCAGCGUUCACAGGAUGUUCCCCUCCCGCCCGCCCCCGGUAUAUGAUGAGUUAUAUGUAUGGGGCGAGGGGGGCGGCCACCCAGGUAAAAGCCAAUCCCGGGAUUGGCCAUUUUUCAAUCCUGAUACCCGGGAUUGAAAAAAUGGCCCGGGAUUGGCUUCCCUAGUCGCCGCCUACAGGGGGAGGGGGAAAUCGCUGUGCAGGAGUGUGAUCACAUGUGCAGGAGACCUGCACAAACAGAAGUUUGUGCAGUCUCUGCCCAGACCAGGACUUACUCUUCCAGUGCGAUAAUCGGGGCUGGAGCUGACGUCCGAAACCCUCCUUUCAAACGUCUGGUCCCGCCUGCGUUUCUCCGGACACUCCUUAAAAACGGUCAGUUGCCACCCACAAACGGUCUCUUCCUGUCAGUCACCUUGCGAUCACCCAUGCGAUCGCUUUUCUUGCACCAUCCCGUCGCUGCCUGACGCUCCCCGACACUGCGGACCGACGUGCCUGUGCAUUGCGGUGCAUACGCAUGCGCAGUUCAGACUUGAUCGCAGAUUGUACGAAAAUGCAGCCUAGCGAUCAGGUCUGAAUUAGGCCCUAUAUAUACAACGUGUGUUAGUUACACUUACAGAAAUGGUGUAUGUCGUGUGUUUAUUGUAUUUUGCAAAUGAUCAGCUUUCUGCGGAGGCACGAAUCAAAUCACUGCAACUAGUCACGGCCAACGUGGAAGUGUUAGAGGUCUUGUCAGAACUGCAGGGUGGCAUUAACAUGGCAACAUAUCUCUGCAGUUUGUAUUGAGGAACAAUAAGAAUGACUGGUGUUAUCAGUAGCAAUCAAUCACACAUUCACUUUCAUGUUCUAUUCUGAUCCCAAAUUUUCACUAAGACGGGUUUGAUGCUAUGGGCUGUGUACACCGCCAAUAUUGGAACAGCAUUAUCAAACGUCCCAGCCCCCUUGUUAUGCAGAGUGAUAUACAGGCUGGUCUGUGGGGACACUACGCGUUCUCUCUGUCUGGUCUAGUGCAGGGACUAAUAAACAGCUCAGGGAACUAUGUAAAGUUUUAUUCAGGGGGCAAACUGCAUAUUCAUAACUAAGUCUUCACUCAAUAGACUGUUUAUUGUCCCACACUAAGUGCUAUGAAUCCUAAUGGCUAUUCCGCUAAUUGGCUCAGUACACUUCUCCGUAGGCUGAAGUCAUCCUGCACUGCUGGGAAGUGCUAGAGUGCACUGCGAGUCAUCUCUGUGCGUCAGACUGGCUCACCGUAGGAUAAAGUACUGCUGCGUGUAUGCAGUAACUGACCAGUCCUACUCGCAUUACAUGUUAUUCAACCUACAAGAAGAAUAACAUAACACUGGGACUUGCAGUUAUGCACCAAACAUUAAUUUGCUCAGACACCUAAAUAUUGGUGUAGGUAUUAGACAUCACUCCGUGUGAGGGGGGCUGUAGUCCGUUACCGUGAGUGCACCUGAGACUUAUACACAGUGGAGGCAGAAAUGUGUCCUCUAGAAAAUAUCCAUGAGAUUAUGCGGUGUAUGAAUAUGCUAGGGGACAGUGUCUUAGCAAGUAUCUAGUCAAUUAAGGGUUAAGGUCAUUAGGUCGACCACUAUUGGUUGAUAUGGUCAAUAGGUCGCUAUGGUCAGUAGGUCGACGUGAGUUUUUCAAUAUUUUUUUUCUUCAUUUUUUGAACUUUUUUUAUACUUUACGAUCCACGUGGACUACAAUUGGGAACGGUAACCUGUGCUGAGCGCAGCGAGGCGCCUUGCCCGAAGCAUGGCGAGCGGACAUGGUGCACUAAUUGGGGUUCCCCGUCACUUUAUGAAGAAAACGACACCAAUAGGAAAAACUCACGUCAAUCUUUUUCCAUGUCAAUAUAGCACAUGUCGACCUAUUGACCACGUCAACCUACUGCAUGUUGACCAAUAGCGGUCGAGCUAAUGACCCUUACCCUCAAUUAAUAAGAUGAUUAUUAGCUCAGUCCAAAAAAUAGCUGCCUUCUCUUUGUACAGGAGAGGCAGAUUCUAUUCCAGUCUGUGUAUAUUCUCGGGCACCAGGAACAUGCCUGAUAGGCAUAGGAGACAGACCAAAAAUGUAGCACCACAUAUAUAUAUCGGAUAAGAAAGGAACGUCAGGAAAAAUGUCCGCAUAUAGCCUAUUCCUUUCUAUAGGGAGAGCUUGGCAUUGAAUAUGUGUAACAAAAGUUGUGGAAAAACAUAUACUUUACUAUUUUUAUGAAUAUUCCAAGACAUCUACAUUUCACAGAUGAGUAAAUGUUACUUGUACUGAAACCGCCCAUGCUGGGUAUACUACAGUGUAAUAAUGGACUUGGAUCCAUCCGUUCAACACUCUGAUUUACCUCUUUAUUAUUCCGGAUCAUAUGUUGUUUCCUGUAUUGUUGCCAAUUAAAAUCGCACAUUCCCACAUACCCUUUAAAAAUGUCUACAAUAGACUUUGUAAACCCAGUGCACAGAAACAACUGUGAGGAGAAAGGUGCUGUAACCCGCAGCAACCAGAGCUUGGCCUUCAUGACAGUCUAUGGGUUGUUUAGUAUGUUACUGUACCUGUGCAGCAGUUUUCAUGCUGUCCCCCAGUGCAGGCAGCGGUGAUAGAGGGGUAUUCCUGCACUGGGGGACAGCGCCAGAAUCAGUCUGUCCCACCUUCUUUCCCAAUGUUUACAUGCUCACACUGCACACUUCAUCAGAGAAAUGAAGGUAACUGGAUAUAUCAAUAUUUCUCUCUAUAUAUUUUCUACUAUUUUUCCAGGAAACUCAUUUUUUACCAAAAUAAAUAAAUAAACGUGUUGGGUUUUUUUAUUGUAUUUUUCUUAUUAAUACUCAAUUGAAUUCUUUAUGGAUUGGUGUUAUAUACCUUUAUAUAAAUGUUGAUUUAAAAGAGAAAAUAUAAGGUUUGUAGUAAUUUACCUGCAAAAGGUGUAUUCUGUUAUGUUCAUGAAUAAAGGUGAAAUGAUAAAUCUGCAAUGUGUUCUAUUCUAGUAUCACAGGGCAUACGGAGAGAUGUGUACCUGAUUCCAGUACUACUGUACCAUAUACACUUGUAUCAAACCGCCACUUACCGUAACAGUCACAAAGGACAAAGGAUUCUUUGGAGCACUCUCCAGUUCCUGGGGGUAAAUGUAAUCGGGUCCAAAAUUGCUGGAGGUCCAGGAUUUCGUCCGAGAAUGGACAUAUUUAUUUACGAGGCAAACCACCUCUACUGUAUAUAAAAGUGACUUUUUAAUUUGGAUGUAAUUCUUUUAGCAUACCACUAGAUGGCACCCCACACUAUUUUUGUGAUUUGCUGUUCUGUAACAUAAGAUUAAAGGAUAAUUUCACUUUGA